UGUUGCAGGCAAGAUGAGCCGGAAGGACUUUGUUAUAGCGACUGGGGAGGUACACAGUGUCCGGGGAAUUUGUAGAAAAAGCAUUCAAGCAUAUUGGAAGACAAUUAUAUGGGAAGGUGAAAAUGAGAAUGAAAUUGGACGGUGUAAAGAGACAGGCGUGACCCAUGUGAGGGUUGAUCUGAAAUACUACAGACCCACUGAAGUGGAGUUUUUGCAAGGUGACUCCAGUAAAGCAUGCAAAAAACUAGGAUGGAAACCAAAAGUUUCUUUUGAAGAGCUUGUGAAGGAAAUGCUGGAAUCGGAUAUUAAACUGAUGAAGAACAACCCCAACGCGUGAUUCCUGCAAGACUGCUACUUGAAAAACUAAGGAUGAACUCCGAAAUCCUGAUGAUUACAGUCUGAUUGAUGGUUUUAGCUCUCUAAAUGUACUAUUUUAGAAAUUAAAUCUUUUUUUAAUGAAACGACCAAUAAUUUUGAUUUCCUCAAAACAAUGUAAUCAGCUUCAUGAUUUUUAACAUUAAAAAAUUAUAUUUUAUUCUGUUUCUUAUGAAACGUUUGUCUUUGGUUAUCUACAUGGUGUUUGUUUACUUAUAAUAAAAUGUAUUUUAUUUUUAUUUUUUUUCAAGAAAGAAGUUGAUUUUGGGUGGUGGGCGUAUAAUUAGUAUUUUAAAAUGACUUGAACAUCCGGUGUAUGAAGAAAUUAUUAAUCAUGGACAUGAAUAUUAUGGUGUACUGAUUUAUCUAAAAAAUAAAGUUAACAAAAAACACAA